AUGACGAACCACAGGGAGGACGGGAGCGGGUUCAACGACUGGAGGAAAAACGAAUCAUCUGGAAAAGAGAAAGGAAACCGCAGGGACGGCGGCAUAGGGCACGAGGAAGAACCUCCUCUCCCCGCUCUCCGCAUGGAAGUUGAAGGUCUAUCCCCGCGCACAGAGGGAUGCGGACUCGGCUCGCCACUCCCUUUCCCGCGAACUGGGGAGGAAUUGCCGUCAUCGCCUGUGAAGAAGACUUCCGUCGAUCUGCAGAUCGAAGAAGAGAUUUUUCGAAGUGGAUCGUGGAGGUGCUGCGGAAUUUCCAGCUUCUCUGUGCCAAACUCCGACUCGUUUCGGGACGACCUUGAAGAGAAAACCGGACCCGAUCCCCCUGCCCCAGUGAGUGGGAGGACCGGUCGGCGCCGGUUCUCGGGUCAAGGUCAUCCUGCGACCUUCACACUUUCAUCCACCUUCCCACGCAUUUUCAAACACAUUUCACGCGACGAAUUAUUGCUCAAUUACUUGGCGCGACUCCGUCGCAACAACUAUAAUUAUCCUCGACAACAACAAAAACGAUCCUCCCUCCUAACCCACGAAAUCGGACACCACAACCUUCCACGUUGUACCCUAUUUCCCUCGAUCACCCGCAUCCAAUCCCAUCCAGCCACAUCCAGCCACAUCCAGCCUCAUCCAGCCACAUCCAGCCACUCACUGAGAACCGACCGACUCGGCAUCUCUCCCCCAGGGGACCGGGCGAUCCCGCGAAGAGCCUUCGUCCUCGGCCUGUGCGCGGGGCUGCUCCUCUCCCGCCUCGCGUCCCUCUCGUGGAUCUACCCUCGUGCCAGCAUCCCCUACCACCAUCGAGCGACCCAUCCCGGCAACGACACCCCCCUCGGCCCUCGACCGACACAAGGCCCCCUCUUCCCCCUCUCCCCCCUCUUCCCCCCUUCCACCCCCAACCUCGGCCCCGAGACGCCGCGGGUCCUCUGCUGGAUCGCGACCCAGCCGGCGAACCACGAGGCGAAGGCGAAACACGUGAAAGCCACUUGGGGCAGGCGAUGCGACGUCCUCCUUUUCUUCAGCUCCAAACAA